ACUAUUUCGCGGCCGCCGCUGCCACUACGCAUGCGUGUUGGAUGGGCCGGGAAGGGGGGGGGGGCUCCUCUCUUUCUCUCGCCCCUUCCCAACCUGCCCGGGGGGCCGAGCCGAUGCCCUCCGCGGCCAUUAACUGACAACGAUGCCGGCGCCAGCCGCCGCCUCCCCGCCCGCAGCCAUGUCCUUCCGCGGGUAGAGGGGAGGGGGACAGGACGCCCGGACGGUCCCCGCCGCUCCGUGAGCCGCUCCCGGAGCGCAGACACGGGCCCCGCAGGCAGCUGCAGGCGGAGACAGGGCUCCGCUCCGGCCGCCGCCGCGCACCCGGGCCCCGCAGCCUGGCUUGGCUGCGGCGUCUGGGCCGGGCACGGAGAGCGGCCGCUUCCCUAGCUCCCGUGGGAGGUGACGCAGCCUGGGAGCGGGGCAGCAGCAUCUGCCGGGCCCAGGGAAGAGCUGGGCAGGCUCGGCUCUCUCGCCGGCCCAAGGUAGGGUCAGCCCGGCCGGACCCGAGCGGCUGCUGGCGGGGGCGGUUUCCCUUUCCCGCGUAGCUGGCUGGGGGAAGACCGAGCCGCGAGAGAGGGAGGCCGAUACGGGCAGCAGACAUGCCCGGCUACGUGCCAUAGCCUCCUGGUUACCCGGGAGAGGGGAGGCCACGGACCCUUUUGCGGGCGACGGAACCAGGCACAAAGAGCAAAAGCGGCUGCCUCGGCGCUUACUUGGGCGGGCGGAGACCCCCGGCAGGGAGGGAGGCUGGUGCGGGUACGGACCGCGGCAACUUCUCGGUGACUGUGAAUGGGAGGCAGCCGGAAGCAGGCAGCACCUUCCCUCCGGCUGGCACAGAGGGCAGACGGGUCCCCGAGGCAUAGGGGCCGGACUGAGCGGUGUGUCUGCGCACAGGUGAGCCUGCCUUCCCGCCCGGCCGCGGAGUGACUGGCCUGAGGCGGCUCUGGCUGAUGCUGAGGAGCCCGCUCCCAGGCUCGGUCGCCGGCGGGUAGCAGCGGAACCCGGGCCCAGCGUGUGUGGGGCGCAUGAGCCUGGCGCGGCCCGAGGGGGACAUGGAGUCUCCGGCCGCCGGAGAGUCUUCAGAGGCUGCAGCUCCAGUCGGCGGCCCGCCAGAGGAGGACGAGCAGCAGCCAGAGGAGGAGAAUGCGGGGGACAACAACCCUCGCUGCCGCUGGCAGCAGAACCUGAGCCCGGAGCUCCAGCAGGGUUACCGGAUCCUGUGUGAUUUUUUGCUGGAGAAGCACCGGCCACUGACGGCUCCUUUUCUGAAGCCCCAGGGAGACCAGGCAGCGGUCGCGGAGGGAGGAGGAACCGCCUCCCUGGCAGGUGGCAGCGGCAGCGUCUCCUUUCCACAGCAAGGGGCCGGGAUGUGGCUGCUGAAGAUGGAAGAGAGAUUUUCCAAUGGGCAGUACACUGGGAUCACGGAUUUCGUCGCCGAUUUUCGACUAAUGCUUGAGACGUGUUACCGGUUGCACGGGGUGGAUCACUGGCUCUCCAAACAGGCCCAGAAGAUGGAGAUGAUGCUAGAACAGAAGCUGGCGUUGCUGUCCCGGCACUUGAGAGAGAAGACAACAAUAGCAGUAACAUCCAAAGGGUACUAUGGGUUGGAAGAUGAGAAAGGAACAGCAUGCACUUCAACAAGGCGUCGUUCCACACCUCGCAGUUUAGCAGGCUUGACAACAGGCAUUUUUGAGUCCAUAAUGGUUCAGGUUCUGAGACAAGAAGAACAACAGAGAGCAAAAGAAGAAAAGAGGCUACGAGAGCAAGAACGAAAAGAGGCAGAAGAAGCUAGUCAGAAAGAAAUAGAAGAAUGGGAAAAGUCACUUUUAGCUGAAGCAGCACCUACAAGGAUGGAGACCAUGUGGGAAAUUCCAGCUAUUGGUCAUUUCCUUUGUUUAGCACAACAAAUUCUAAACUUGCCUGAAAUAGUCUUCUAUGAGUUGGAACGUUGUCUUCUAAUGCCUCAGUGUAAUGCUUUUUUAUCCAAAAUAAUGACUUCUUUGUUAAGUCCUCCUCAUCGAAGAUCUACCUUGCAUCGAAGACCAACUCUUCCUUACAGGACUUGGGAAGCAGCACUUAGACAGAAAGUGCAACAGUGGUACACUGUUGUAGGGCAAACUGACAACCCUGAUGGCUGUGCAGAAAAGCUUGGGCUAUGCCCCCAGUUUUUUAAAGUCCUUGGGGAAGUUAAUCCUUUGGAGGGAACACCAUUUCAUGAGCUCCCAUUCUACCAAAAAGUAUGGCUGUUAAAAGGCCUCUGUGACUUUGUAUAUGAAACACAAAAAGAUGUUCAAGAUGCUGUGCUUGGGCAGCCUAUCCAUGAGUGCAGGGAAGUGAUCCUUGGUUAUGAUUUCUUGGAGAAUGCCUACGUUCAUUUUCCACAGUUCUGUGGUGCUGAUGUACGGAUUUACAAACAGAGGCCUUUUCAAGCCCCUGCAUUUCCAGCUCCACCCAUCAAAGUAAAAAAAGUACCACGGAUUAAAUUGGAGAAAGUGAAAUGUGAGUAUGUCAGCAAAAGCAAUGGGGAAGUCAGAUUUGGUGGUAGAGAAGAGCUGCUACCUCACUGUAAAAUAGAAGUAGGGAAAAGUAUGGAUUCUCUUAUUUGUUGUCCAGCGAAAAUUCACUUGGAUAGUUUCAGUAUCACCACGGAAAAAGAAAUGAAACCCAAUUGUGAAAUUAAAAUGCACAGAGCCUGUGACAUUAAAAAAAUUGGCUGCUGUAAAGAGAACCAGGAGAAGCCAAUUAGUCCAGGAGAAAUUGUUGGCUUUGGGGAACCUCUCAGCCCAGGAGAAAUCAGAGUUGUAGAAAAUGGAGAGAAACGUCAUGAAGCUUCCCUAAUAAAAACUGAGCCCAGCCGAUUAAAAACAAAUACCCUUAAAACCUGCCAAGUGCAUGUGAAUGGGAGUCAUAGCAACAAUCCAGACAUGAAUUGCCACAAAGUUGCUAGAGAAAUGUUUCUGGAGAAUUCACUAUGGAGUAAUAAGAAACUAAAACUUACUAAGAUGCGAGCUAAAAAGAAGAAAAAGAAGAAAAAGAAACUGAAAGACAUUUUGAAUGCACAUCUGCAGAGAAAACGUGAUGACCUGCAAAGAAAGCGUGAGAUUCAUCCUCACCCAUUCAAGACUUACAAACCUGAGAUCCAGAAUAAGUUGUUUAUCAUCAAAAAGAAAGCAAAACACAAGAAGCACAAAUCUGGAAAAAAAUCCAUAUCUAAAAAAGCAAUUACAAAGAAGAGGAAAGCUGUCACAAAGCCUACGGUGCCAGAAUUUCAGCUUAUUUGCACUAAUCUUGAUGAACUCAGGGAAUUAAUCACAAAAAUCGAGAAUGAACUCAAAGAUCUGGAGAACAUUAGAAAGAAAUCGGGAAGAUGGUACCAUCGGAAACAAGCAGUAAAGGAAUUGCACUGUACAUUGGUACGACUGCUAAAUGAAUUGUUACCAUGGGAACCAAAACUAAUGAAGGCUUUUCAGAGAAAUAGGUCUCGACUGAAGAAGGACUAUGAUGAUUUCAAAAGACAGCCAGACCAUGAUAAAUUUACCAGAGAACUAUGGAGUAAUGAAGAAGGUGAAGUUGAUAAUGGAAAAGAAUCUUUCAAUGCAGUAGCCAGUAAAUCUUCAGAAGCUGCAGAGCAUCUGGAGAUCCUGCAAAAAGAUCAUUCAGAGUUUGAUGAAAUGAAACUAUUAGAAAUGGAUUUUCCUGCAGGAAGGAACAGGCUACUGAAGAAAGAAUUGACUUCUAAAGAAAUACAGAAGACGCUGUCCAAAUCUAUUAAACGUCAGUCCAAGCAAAAUAGUUCCCUGGAUGAUAGCACAAAAGACCUUUCACCAAGGAAGAAAGCUAAAUUAAGCACAAGUGAGGCCUCAGUCCAGAGUACCAAAAGUGAGAUGCAGACUACCAGUUGUUUGAGUGAACUGAAACAAAGCGAGCUAUCAUCUCCAGAAUCAUUUGCCCUGACAGAUUCUGCAAUGUCAGUAUCAAACUUUCUGAAAGGGACCAAACCCAUCCAGGCUUUACUUGCUAAGAAUAUUGGGAACAAAGUGACCUUAACAAAUCAGUUGACACCCCCUAUGGGUAGGGACAUAUUUUUUUCUGAAAAGGCAGUUAUGUCAUCUAUGGAGUCAUCCCCACUAAAGCCAGCAUUGCCCUGCCAGACCAGUUCAAAGAGUCCUUUACAAAUGGUAUACAAAAUGCCAAGUGGCCAUUGUGUACCAAUAGAUGUCCAUAACAGCUCAGUGAAGAUUCAAAUGCAGCCUCUGAUUGACCCUAAAACGGGAGAAAAAGUCAUGCAGCAAGUUCUUAUUUUACCCCAAAAUUUUCUCAUACAACACAAAGAAGGAAAAGCUGUGGCAAAGCUGCACUGCACAUCUUUCCCACAGGCAGCACAUGUUAAUGAUUCUUUAGCACCUGUUCUUGUAAACCCAACUGUAAAUGCUACCACUCAACUGUCUUGUACAGUUUUUAACAAGAGUGUUACACAUUUGUCACAAGUGACUAGUCCAGUGAACAGACCACAGACACAGACUUUGUCCUCUGUAACUGCAACAAGUAACUUAGUAGCAUCAGCAGUUAAAAUUAGCCAAAGUGAAGCUGGCAAAAUGAAGACUGCGAUUUCACCUGACACAUUCUCGGUACCUUUACCUUCAUCCACUGUUUCCACAUUAGGUCAGCCUUUGGCAUCAGCAACAACACUAAGUGGAUCUGCAAAUACUACUUGUUCCAUUCACAGUCUAGCACCACAGCAGGCUAGUGACUCCUGUGAAGCUAAACAGGAGCUGAAAACAGUGUGUAUAAGAGAAUCGCAGUCCAUUCUUGUCACAACACGAGGGGGGAACACUGGAAUUGUUAAAGUACAGACAAACCCAGACCAGAUUUCACCUAAUACUUUAUCUCCAAAUUCAGUUUUCACUUAUGCACCUCAAUUUCAGGCAUUUUUGGUUCCAAAAUCCACUACAUUGUCAACCUCUACUUUUUCAUCUGUAGCGACGGCCGCUUCUAGUCUCCCACUGUUUGGUCAGUCUUUUGUUUCUGGGUUUUCCCCCUCAACAACAUCUUCUGUUACCAUUCCAGCCAUUACAGCAGGCUUAAACCAGAUAAUAGGGAAAAAUCUCAAAUUUCCAUUAAGGCAGCUUCCCACUAGUGGCAGUUUGGGUCAAGUAAUAGAGAAAACUCAACAGGUAUCAUCUCCUACUUUCUUGUCCUCCAUUUCAUCAACUAGCACUUUGGUGCCAGCAACUCCAAACGGUACUGUUAAUGUAGUUAGCAUUUCUUCAGGAAAUAUUGAACACAGUAGCACAGGCAUUACCCAGACUCCUUCAACACAGCAACAAGUUGAUAUUAAAACUAAAAAAUAUCCUGUUACACAACCUGAGACUGCUACAGCAACAAAUGGAGAUGUGAUCCGUGGUACUCCGAUUCAAAAACUUAUGUUGGUCACAAAUCCACCUAUUCUUUCUCCUUGUGGAGCUACAGGAGUAAAUAUAAUGCCUACUCCAACAUCCACUGGUGUUAGUGCCCAAAAAUUAGUUUUCAUUAAUACUCCAAUUCCCAGUAGUCCAUCAAAUACCAGUCUAGUUGCAGAAUCAUUAAAACAGGCCCUGCCUUCUUCCAUGGGCAAAACAUAUGUUAACACCCCAGAACAACCUCAGUUACUUCUAAUUCCAUCUACAAUGGGAGCACCAAUAAAAGCAAGUUCAUCACCUACUGUGUCUCAAAUAAAAGACGUUAAAAUUGGACUAAACAUAGGUCAAGCCAUUGUAAAUAGCACAGGCAAUGCACAGCAUGUUCCACCAAUUAACAUACUGAAGUCUGCAGCUCCCAAAGGAAUAGAUGACAUAAACAGCAAGGGUUUUAUUUUGCCUUUGUCAACAAGUGGUAGUUUGGUUCCAGGAUGUUCAGGUUUUGUGAGUCAAAGUAUUACAUCUGUUAAUGAAUCUAUAAGUGUUGCAGCAAAAGCUUUUAUAGUAACAACAGCAAAUGCAUGUUUAGAUUCAGUUUCAGUGACACCAAGUGGAACUUCUAUUGGGACACAACCCACUGUUUUGGUUAGUGGAAAUGACACUUCUUCAAGAAUAAGGCCAGUUGUAACUAGUCGACUAUGUACAUCAAAUAUUGGAAAUACUAUGGCCAUAUCAACUGUCAAAACAGGACAUCUUGCUUCAUCUGUUCUUAUUUCAACUACACAACCAAGAGUAUCUUCUCAAAGUGUACCAUCUGCUUUACAGUUUCCAGUUACCUUGCCUGGACCUGUGGCAGCCUCCGCUAAAGUCAUUCAAACAGUUCCUCACUUGACAGCAGUUCCAGCUGCUGCACAAUGUCUGCCCCUUCCAAAAGGACAGCCCCCCACACUGGUACAAUUUCAGUCACCAGGAAUUUCAGCUGCAGUGCCAACUAAUGCAAACGUUCACAAACCUCAAAAUGUAUUGCCAUUUGCUUCACCAAGUACAGGUAAAAUAAUUAGUUUUUCCAACUUUGCUUCUCUCCCAUGCCAGCAGAUACCUCCUAGUUUAACAAAAGCAGCUCAUGCUUACUCUUGUGCUCCAGGUGCCUCUGUCAUUCAGACUGCUACUGCUUCAUCAGCUGUAACUAGCCAGGCAAUGGGUCAGUUGAAUGAAACUUGUAUUCAACAGAAAAUAGUUAUUAACACCUGUACGCCUUUGGCACCUGGAACUCACAUCGUGAUUAAUGGCACUCGAUUUAUUGUUCCACCGCAAGGUCUUGGAGCAGGCAGCCAUGUUCUUCUCAUCUCUGCUAAUCCAAAACAUGGGCCUCCUUUACUUAUUAACAAUGGCCAAGGGGCUCGAGGUCUACCAUUUGUUAAUCAUAUUUCCCAGAACAUCACAUUAGCACCAAGUAAUUCAUUAAGUUGGCAGACAUCAAAACAUCCUCUGAAAAGCUCUACAAAAAUUGUGAACUCUCUUGGGACAGCAAACACUCUGCCCAUCGUACAUGCAACACCACAGAUAGUAAACACUGCUGCUAAAUCAAGCGCUCCACCCUCUACAGCAACACUGUCUAUGUCUUCAGUGAUAAAACCUCCAGUUAAUGUUUUAGCUAAAACUUCUUUGGUUCCUGCCAUAAAUGCUGGUAACUCUCAGUUACCAAGUAGCACUUCAGUAUUUCACUUAGAUACAUCUAUCAAGAAACUGUUGGUCAGCCCAGAAGGAGCCAUUUUGAAUGCUAUAAAUACUCCAGCAUCAAAGGUUGUUUCUUCUCUGUCUUCUUCCCUGUCACCCAUUGCAGUGUCCAAAAGCAUAAAUCCUUCUAGUGUCUUCCCUGCUUUUCAGUCAUCUGGCCUAGGUAAAUCUGACAAAGCUGCAUCCUGAAUUUGGAGUGAAUGAGCCAAUUUCACAUGUUUGGGGCAUUCUUUGGACUUUGGAAAUCAUUAUAACUGUUGAACAUUUCUUACACUGUUUGAAACAUACUUUAAAUAGUUGAUUUCUUUAAAUCUAAUCUUUGUAUUAGAUUGCAGCUGUUUUCAGUUUGCUUGUGGGAGAUGUGAGAGGAUCUGUUUGUUUUCCCUCUAAGCUAAGCUUUCAAAGGGUUAUUUAAUAAAAUGGUCAAAAUGACCAACUUGUUAAUAUACAUAGCAAAGUGUAAAAUUUGAUUUUAGUUUAAAGGAAUCUAGCAUUUUGCACAUUUACAUUGACAUGUUUCAUUUUACAAUUUGAACCAUUAGGCGGCAUGUUUAUAACAAUAUGUGUCUUUUUUAUUUUUAUCAAAUCUUAUUUUUGUUUGAUUUGUUUCUGUAAAAAAAAUAUAUUUAUGCAUUGUAAAAAUCCAGUCCAUGGUGUAAAAUUGUACAUAUUCCUGAUCCCUAACAAUCUGUACUAAACUAUAUGUACAAAGAACUAUGCUGUCUUAUUUAUGUUUUGUUUACAUAAUGUAUAGUUUUUUAAGUAUUUUAGUAAUUUUGGACCAGUGUACUGUUAAGCAACAAUGCAGAAGAAUCUGCAUGUAAUAAAUCAAGUUGCUGUACUGCUUUGUUUUGACAGUAUUUUAAGACUGUAUCUAUUGCAUCGUGGGAGAAGAAUUUAUACAUGCACCUCUUUACAGUAGACAUGCAUUAAUACAGAAAAAUCUUGCAGAGUGGAACUUUGCCAAAAAGAAUUAUUUAAACCACCAAGCUUUGAGCUGUGAUUUGCAUUACAUAUAGGAUUUCAAUAAUUAGGAACAGGUUUCCUGUUUACAGAUUUCAUAUUUCAAAGAAACUCUCAUUAUUAAGGCUUCAAGUAUUUCACGAAGGUCUUGGAAGUCACUGAUUCCUUGACUUUCCAGGACCUCCAGGACUUCCGCAGCUGCAGCGGCUGGUGUGGCUGACCCAGGCAACUGGUCCCGGGUGCUGCUCCAGAGCAGCCGUCUGGGAACAGCACAGCUUCCCUGGGCCGCCCCUGUCCGAAGCAGGAGUGGAAGCGGCAGGGCCCCUGGGCUUCCCCACGCCCAAAGGAGCAGUGGCGGAGCUCCGGGCCACCUCCUGCCCAGAGGAGCAGCAGCAGCAGGGCCACUGGCUGCCCCAUCUUCAACCCCGGAUCAACAGUCCAGCAGGGUCCUGGGCCACCCCUCCCCUCAGGAGCAGCAGCGACCGCCGGAGCAUCGCCCCCACCCCCAGCAGCAGCAUCCACUGAAGUGUCCCCCCAUUCCCCAGCACCUAAGAUUUAGUAGUUUAAAACUGUAUCUAUUGCAUCGUGGGAGAACAAUUUAUACAUGCACCUCUUUACAGUGUAUAUGCAUUACAUUUAGUGACUGAUUUAGCACCUGUGACCUGUCCGUGACUUUUACUAAAAAUACCCGUGACUAAAUCGUAGUCUUACUCACUAUGAAGUGAUUUUUGACCUUUUGUUUUCUCUCUUUGAUGUUGCGGAAGAAAUCAUUUUCAUUAGUUUCAAAAUGGUGUUUCUGUCAAAUCUUUUCUUUCAUUGUUUAUGAUGAACUAUUUUUUCCUGUUUCCUAUAGCAGAUUCAUAUAUUUUUGUAUGUAUAUGAAUAUUUAUCAGUAUGUGAUGGGGGGGUGGGGGACACACACCAAACAAUACAUAAACUUAACUUUUACUAAUGUAAUUUUGAUAUAGCCUUCAGCAUGUUUAGUUAUUUGGACAUGCAAAUAUAUGACUAUCUAAUAUCCACAGUCUUUGCUGAGAUAACAUCGGAUGCCAUCAAAUGAAGUUCUGCACAAGGAACAUGGAUAGAAUAUAACUCAUAUGGAUUUUUGUUUCUGCUUGGGCUAGGGCUCCACCGAUCCAAAUCCAGUGGACUGCUUCUCCUUCCCGUAUAUCACCAUAUAGCCAUCCAGUCAAAAUCAAGAAUACUCAGUAGUGAGUUCCUCUGUCACUUCCGUUGGACCAGUAUUUUCUUUUCUUCUGAAAGUAACAGACAUGGGUACAGUAAAGCUCUUGAAACUCUUGACUGCUCUAGUAAACAGGAGAAGAAGGAGCUCCAGCUGUGGAUAAGGGAUGAAUCAAUUCAUCAGCUGAUGCCUUCUGUGCCGCUUGUUGCCUGGAUCCCUUCAUGCUCUUGGAGAAGAGGUCUCUUGAGUGCUUCAGCUCUGGGCAGACACUUCAGCCUCCACGAGAUGCUCUUCUGAUAACAAGUUCAGGUGCCAGGUAUGAUUUCGUUCUUUUCGUUCUGCUCACUUUGGACUCCUCUUUAAUCCUUUUCUUGAAUUUGACCUUCGUCCAGAUCAGAAAAGAUGUCCCCUCUCCCAAAUUCAAGGUGCUUUUCUCCCCUUGUCCCUAGCAUUGUGUGAAUCUCUACCAGUGUAUUUGGCUUCUUUUCCCAUCAUCUUCUCUUAAAAACUUGUAGUAAACACAAGCUGGUUCACCACAAUUCCUAGGAUUCCCUCCUUCCUUCUGACUAAAGAUGCCACUGGCUGAACAAGAGCUAUAUAAAAUACAUAUUUCUUGAUAUUCUAAUCACCAUAUUUGUUUAGAUAACUAAAUCCCAGAAGUUCAGCCCUUCUUUUUUCAUUUACCCAUGGUCCUUUCCAGUUCUAUUCAAAAGGAAAAUACACUGACCAGACAGGCAAUUUGCUUUUGGGGUCUUUCACAUCCUCCUCUAAGCUCUUUGUGUAACUUCGGGAUGUCUAUUUGGGGAGGACCAUGGAGGACCCAAAGCCUACCAGAAAAGUACAUUUGGCUCGACUAUGAAAAGUGACUGUAAAAAAUGCCAUAUACCUACACAGUAGAUCUGCUUCCUCUGUGUAUUAAAAGUUAUAUCUGCUGUCAUGGGUGAGAAAAACACACUUUUACUGUUUUUUUACACCCAUUAGCCUUGUCAUUAACACACCUAUUCCUUCUUUUGCAAAGUAUGCAGGUAGAUUCUAAAAUCCCAGGCCAAGUCUGUAAAUUGGAUUGGAUUGUAAACUGCAUAUUGGAUUAAGAAAUUGAGUGAUCAUAAACAGGAAAAACCCUUAUGCCAUUUUUAAGAUUCACUUUUCAGAGCAGACCCACCUUAAAACCAUUCAGGCAAUCGUGCAGGAAUCCUGGGAAAAGUUUCACAUUAGACCCUGCCUAAGCUGUCAGCAGUCUAAAUUUGGCUGGAACUGUCCUAAAUUUUACAAUCCUGUCCUGGGUGUUUUUGGCAACUAGGCUUUGAUCUAGUGCCCAUUGAAGAGAAUGGAAAGACUCUUCUUAACAUUAGUGAGAGUUUGAUUAGGCCUGUGUCAAACAAGGAAGGAAUUUGUCUGUCCAUAAAUUCUCAUCUGGAGAAAGGGAGUUACUUUAAAGUAUGUUAACAGUUGAAUUUUCACCAUCUGUGAGACCCUCGGAACGCCAGCAUGAUGCUGAACACCCUCACAUUUCUUAUAAACCCCUAGCCCCUAAGAAAUAUCUUCAGUUCUCAUGGUUAAAAUUGCUUUUCUAUGGGUCAUUUGUACAGCCAUGGGAGUGGGAACCUUCAAGCUCUAUCCUGCAGCCAUCUCAGCCUGGUUUUUCAUCAAGUUAAGGCUCAAGCUUGUUUUUCAGUUUCUUCUCCAGAUGGUUUUCCCUCUUUCUACUUGCCCCAAGAAUUCUCUCUCAACAUAAUUUGUCUAGCACCUUGAAAUGAGAAAUUAAAGCACCAUCUCAAUCCUGCUAUAAAGAGGAUUCUUUAUAUUUAUCUAAAAGAAAUCUGGAAAGUAGGAAUUCGGAUCAAUGGUUUAUCAUUUUUUACUCCCAAGAAAGGCUUAUUAACCUCAUAAGACUUCCAAGUUCACUGAGUAAGACGUUGCAUUAAGGAAGUUUACCCUUCCUGGAGAAAGAGGCCCUGCCUUCAGUGAAGUGUUAUUUUAUAAGAGCUGUCUGCUUCUUGAGUUGAGAUGGAUUGUUACCUCUUCAGAAUUGUAGAAAGCAGCAACCAUGUGUGCCUUACCUUUACAAUUACAGGCUUGAGGCUGCCUUUUCAGGGUGCCUCCAUUUGGGGACGGGGCCUGCAUGCUGUACUUUAGUACCACUCACAAAAUUUUAGGUACUGACUGUGUUCUGGAACUGAAUGCUGCAGUUGAAGUUCCUCAUGUCUGGACAGGCGGAAAGGAACAUUGUAGAAUGGUGACUUCUUAUCUGAUAAUUUAGACCAAGACCACAUAUGCCAGCCCAUUUAUUGCAUGUUGUUUUCAUUUUGCUGGUGGAUCUGGGUAUUGACUUUCUAAGAUUUUGUUCUUCUGAAGACUAGUUUGGUAGAUUUUUAGUAGAAUGACUUCCAUUAUUGCUUGGGAGGAUUUAAGAGAGCAGAUUUAGCCUCCUUUUAAAGAGGGACUGUCACACAAGCUUUUCUUUUCUCCUUCUGGUAUAGGAGGAUUUAUGCCAUGGUUUUAUCUCAUAUGGAAGAAAACUGAAGAAACCCAAUUAGCAGAUUUUAAAAAAUACUGUUUACAUAGUAAUUAGUUCUGCUUGAAUUUUUCUGCAGAUUUAUUUUUCACUACAAUGAAACUUCAAAUAACUACAUUAAAAAUAACUUGGCAAGUAUAAGCUUGUAAUGGAGGUGUUUGCAAAUGUGCUUGUUUGGAGAAGUACAUAGCAGUCUGCAGUUUUUGUGGACUGUCCUGUUUUAUAAAGAGAAUUAUUGGAAAUGUAUAUUCACAUAUCUGAAGUCCUGUUUGAUAACUGAAAUAACCUGAGAUUGACUGACUGCCUAAUAGGCUUUAUGACAAAAUGAUAAAAUUGGGCAAAGAAUAAUUUCAGUAAUUUUGUGAAUACAGUUCCUGUCUUCAUCAUUAUUCUCUAACAACUGAGAUGAUAGCCAGAGUCAAGCUUCCCUAGAGCAACUAAAAAUAAAGGGGAAAAGGACUCUUGAUCAUUUGCUAUAUAGCUAUGGAUUCUGUUUUGGGGCCUUAUUAAUUUCAUAUUUUGGGGUUUAUUUUUAGCAAUUCUUGAGUUUUGUGUAGCAGUUCCAGAAUCAGGGGACUUCUGUUUGUAUAGAUGUAUAUUAUAUACAUUACCCAUUACAAUAGUAUGUAAUGUACUGUAAUGUUCCCUAACGCACUUUAACAUAGUACUGUGUCAAACAGUACUGUGUUAAAGCACACUAGGGAACCUUUAGUGCGCACCAGUGGGAUUUAGACAUAUCAGUUAAUGCACAACAUGUCAGUUCACUUUAGAAAUCACACCUUUGUAGUCUCCAUUACUGCUCCAUGUAGACAAGCCCUUUGAUACAAGUAACCAUGUCAGGUGUUUUUCUGGUGUUCAUUGAAUAAACACAGAUUUCCUUUUUA